UUGUGUCGAGUGGUGUGCCCGCGCAAGUGUCAUGUAACGUUUUAUUGCCGUUAUUAUUGUAUCAUAUUUCGUUUGUAGAAUACAUGCAUGACUAUAUUGUAAUUAGUGCUUGGUGCGCGUUAGUUGAGUGCGAACGGGGACAUACAUCCAGAUGGCUACUCAGCUAAAAUGGGGCUUAGCAGGCGUGGGUAUGAUUGCUCACGACUUUUUGACAUCCUUGGGCACUCUACCAGCUGAUCAGCAUAGUGUUGUAGCUAUAGCAGGAAAAGAUUUAGAACGGGUACACAGAUUGGCCACUUUGCACAAAAUACCUACAGCAUAUGAAGGCUAUGAAGCUUUAGCACGUGAUGAUUCUGUAGAUAUUGUAUUCGUCAGUAUCUUAAAUUUACAACACUAUGAAAUAACAAAGUUGAUGUUAGAAAAUGGAAAACACGUGCUCUGCGAGAAGCCAAUGGGUAUGAAUUAUAACCAGACAAAAUCGUUAGUGGAUCUAGCUCGGGAGAAAAAACUGUUUCUUCUCGAAGGGAUGUGGUCUCGAUUCUUUCCUGCUUACGACGCUUUGGAGCAGCACAUUGCCUCGGGUGGUCUCGGGGACGUAUAUCACAUCAGCAUACAAUUCGGGGUCGAAAUUAAUGACAUUGAAAGAAACUUGAUGAAAGAUUUAGGAGGCGGUGCGGUAUUAGACUUAGGCGUAUACAUGCUCCAGUUAGUACAAUUCGUAUACAAGGAUACACCAACAGAUAUCGUAUGUACUGGCCACUUGAGCAAAGCAGGAGUGGACGAAUCUAUAUCUUGUGGCUUGAAAUAUAAGGACGGAAGAACUGCCACGAUCUCUGCGCAUACCAGAGCCACUAUGACGAAUAAAGCUGAAAUUAUUGGAACUAAAGGAACUAUUGCGCUGGACUACUUCUGGUGCCCCACAGUGCUGCAUAUAUCGGCGGCUAACAACACAGAGUGGACAUUGCCUAAGGGAAAAUACAAGUUCCACUUCCACAACAGCGCCGGGCUUAGCUACGAGAUUCAGGAGUGCUGGGAUUGCAUCAAUGAAGGUUUACUGGAGAGCCCAAAAAUGAGCCUCGAUGAAAGUGUUCUACUAUCGAAAUUAACAGAUACAUUGAGAGCUCAAUUGGGUGUACUGGAAAACGGACUUUGAAUACACGAUACGAUUGUAACACGAUAAUCCAAGCAUUAAUUUAUUGAUUAUCUUUGGCAUUUGACGUUAAGUUUCUUGCAUGGUUUACACGAGUCUAUUCAUUAAUUCCGAUGCAUUCUGUAGGUACUCAGUCUUUCGCUUCCUGGAAACCGAAUUCAGACAUCCAAAAACGAAUUUACGGGAUACAGAAACCGAAAAAUUGGGGGCAGAUUCUGAACCAAGUAUUGUUUCUCGAGUCCAGUAACAGUUACUCUGUCUGAAGGCUGGGUAUGUGUAUCUGAAUGUGGAAAAUUGUAUAACCAGUCGUUAUUAUCCAAGUUCAACAUACAGUCAUUAUCAUCGACCUCCAUGGUCGAGUGGCUUGCGCACUGGUUUUCAUGGUGUCGCCGUCCGUCAUGGGAGGCCCUGGGUUUCGGUAUCAAUGUAGAAAAACGAACUUUAUUGUCUCGGAUCUGUGUGUUUGUGGUACCGUCGUUGUUUCCGAUUUCCAUGUUUUAGUAACUUACUUUGGGAUCAGAGUAACGUAUAUAAUGUUGUCGGGUAUUUAUUAUUUAUUUAUUACCCACUCAUACUCGGCCCAACUUCAUCCACACUCAAAUUUAAAUUGCCUAACUUUGAAAUGUCCAAUUUGAAAUAACUAAAUGCUCUGUACCGGAAUGAUUGUACUUUAAACGGGUGUUAAAUUUCGCUUAUAUUACAGUAAAAUAAUAUAAACUAACCUAACCUAUGAAGCGAUAUUUAAUUACUCUUCUAGGUCGUAUCAUUGAGUUCUGGGUACGUAUUAUGUCACUACGGAGUGGAGCUAGUUAAGUGUUUAUACUUGUAAUUCAAACUUAAAUCUUUAUAUCCUCGAUUCUUAUAGCUUUGGUAAUUCGGCCUUUGUUAUAAUUUUGGUAUUUUUACUGGAACCAUAAACCCGCCAUUCGCCAUUUUAAAAUUUGAUUUUAGAAUUUUCGACAUUCAGAUAUGUAACCUGUACUUAACUGCCACGAAACACUUAGACACUGAAUUUGAAAACAGAUUUACAGAAAAAUUUAUCCGUAAUUGAGAAUUACGAUAUCAUGUCCUCGUAUAAAUCUUGCUUUUGCAUUUCGCACGCUCAAUAUUGAUGUGGCCAAAAUCGAAAAGUUGGCUUUGGGACACUGAUAAAAUAUAGAAGCGCAAGAUAUUUGUAUUAACUAUGGGCGUAUAGCAGUAUUACGCGCUUUAUGUCACUCUCGCGCAAGUCGCGCCCUGUCGUGGUAGCCCUACAGGCGUUUACGCCAAACGAUAUAACGACAAACGAUACAUUGUGAAAUUCUUAGGUUUUCACGAUUAUUGCACAUUGAAAAUGAAACAAUUCUUUUUGGAUUAUUGAUUUUUAUUGAAUCUCACGAUGUUUUGCCAACGUGAUAUUCAUAUAUAUUUUUGUGAAAUAACCCCACUAGUUUGCUAUAAUUAUUAUACAAGGAUCGAACACAGAAAAUUCCUUCAAACUGACGGUAUUGGAAACUGCGACCACGCUGUAUCGUAGUGUUUUGGAUCUAAAUUGUCUAUUGAAUCGUAUGUUUUGUUUUUUUUUCAAAAACAGUCAUCCGUCUCGAAACGUUGGUUUGUUUGAUAAAACAAAUAUACGCUAUUUAAAUUCAAGUAAUAAAUAUAAUAGUUAUAAAUAUUUCCAACGAUAUAUUACUUUUAUUUCAUACAUACUUUUAAAUUUGUCAGUUUCUCCAAAAUUUGACUUUUCUAAACUAGUCUAAUAUUGAUGGGUGCAAUUUUACUGAUUGUGCGAAUUGUCGGAUAAUCCUUAUCUUAUUAUUUCGCUGUUUGUGACUACCCAGUCUUAAUAUUACGUACUUACAUAUAAAAAACUUAUUAUUAUGUAUGUAUUGUUAAAGAUAAAUGAACGUGUUGAAUUAAAUAUGAUAAAUAAUGAUAAAUUCCUUACAUUAAAAUAGAACGUACACGUGUUGAAACGAAUACAUCUUACAGUUAUAAUCACUAUGUAACAAAUUUUAUAAAAGGUUCUCUUUUUGGGGGGCUACUCCCAUUCAUUUCAUUCGACAUUCGUCCGAAACAAUAACUAGCCACGGACUUGUAUAUUAAACUGGACUGCGCACUAAGUUAAUAAAGCGAGCCGAGUAAGAGGCUUCAAAGUAGUAAUGCGUCUCUUUCUAAUAGGGUGUUCAUUCAUGUUUUAGCCAGCCAUAUUGUUUAAACUAUUUAAUUUUUACAAAAAUUGUGGCAGUUUAUGGAUGACCAAAACUACUAAUAACAUUUCAUAAUACAAAUUAGUAUACUUAUUUGAUAUGCUACUUCAUAAUAGAAGGUUUCUUG